AUGGGCUUUGAUGAUCUGAAAAUUUUAUAUCCUACUGAUGUAUAUUUCCAACCUAUCUACACCGAAAUUUCAGCAGGGAAUCACCGGCAGCAUUCUGAUUUUUCGAUCCAUGAUGGCUUUCUCUUUCGUGGCACAUGUCUCUGUGUCCCAGAAACCUCUCUUCGCAACCACAUCAUUUGGGAGGUUCAUGGAGGAGGCCUUGCUGGUCACUUCGGCCGUGACAAGACCAUCGCCAUGAUGGAGGACAGGUUCUAUUGGCUGACCCUGCACAAGGAUGUGCACCGAAUCAUCACGCAUUGCCGAACUUGUCAACUCGCCAAGAGAGCAAAGUCUAAUGCCAGCCUCUACUCUCCAUUGCCAUUGUUCUCUAAGAUGAUGCAUUUUGUGCCAUAUGCAAAAACUUAUGAUGCAUCCCAAGUUGCUGAUUUGUUCUUGAAAGAGGAUCAUGUGAAGUCAUGGGAUCUAAUUUUAUCCCAUGCCAAGUUUGCCUACAACAACAAUGUCAACCGGACCACAGGAUUGUCACCUUCUGAGGUUGUUCUCGGGUUGAAGCUGUGGCAACCCAUUGAUCUCAUUCCACUUCCCAUCGAUCUCAUUCCACUUCCCAUCAACACGAGGACCAAUGAAGGUGGUGAGGAUUUUGCUAGAAAUUUUCAGAAACUUCAUCCUUGUCGCGUCGGUCCCUUCAAGGUACUGAAACGAGUGGGACCUAAUGCAUAUGUGCUUGAGUUGCCAGAAGACUUGCAGGUUAGCCCAAUCUUCAAUGAAGACUUGCAGCCCUACGAGGGUCACUAUGCUAAUGAUGAAGAUCCUCCAGUCGUACCACCAUCACUUCCACGACAAUCAGCCCCUAAACACACCAUUGAAGACAUCUUGGAUGAUCAGAUCGUGUCCACAUGCUGA